CCAACCGGUCAUUAAGUGUUUAAAUUCAACAGGAGUUGGUUGUGUCGGGUUUCUUCGGUGGGGAACGCUAUUAAAAUUUCCACAAACAUUAUCGUUAAUUGGACACUAUUUUGUGCUUGUGUGCGGUGCUUUUUUUACAAACAUUUGUGACGAUUUUUUCCUACUUUGAUGACUAUCAUUUGUGUUCUGUGGUGCGGCGAUCCGUUGUGAUUUGUGAUAACUGCGUAAACUCAACAGACUCUACAUCGGAAAAUGACUUCAGUGACGUGAAAAGAGAACGAAAUAGUUUUGGCGCCCAACUCCAUUUCACCGAAAUGAUAUCGCAUUUUGUUUCAAAUUCUCUAACAGCCUCUUAUCUCCGCUAAAGCCUUUGUAUCGCUUGCAAUAUUCAAAAAUCCUCUAAAAUUUAAUUAAAAGUGCUGUGAUCGAGGUUAUUUUUCAUUAUACAUAUUUGUGAUCAAAAUUUGUGAAGUGAUGAGUUGUUAUUGAAGAGCAUACCAACAUACCGCUGAAACAGCGGCAGAAUACACUCGGAGCACCAGAAAUCCUUCAAAAUUACCCGAAUUCAAUCCCCACACGUCAAAACCAACACCCUGAGUUUCUCUGAUCCAUUUGGGCCUCCUCAGUCUUCGGACGGAGGGGGCCCGUCUACCCCCCAGCCGGCUAUGACCACCCAAGAAGCCUUAGAACACCAUCACCACUUAGGGGGGAACCAAACUCCGCACGAUAUAUCCAAUUCAGCGAAUUCCACACCAACAAAUGUAUCGUCUAAAUCAGCUUUUAUUGAGCUGCAACAACAUGGGUAUAGUUUUAAGGGGGGAUAUCAGCAUCCCCAUCAUUUUGGGAGUCCGGGUGGUCAGCAAAAUCCUCAUGAAGCCUCUGGGUUCCCAAGUCCUAGGUCCUUAGGUUAUCCUUUUCCUCCCAUGCAUCAAAAUACGUAUGGGUAUCACUUAGGUUCCUAUGCUCCUCAAUGUGCAAGUCCACCUAAAGAUGAAAAAUGUGGCCUCUCGGACGACCCUGGGCUAAGAGUGAAUGGCAAGGGUAAGAAGAUGAGGAAACCACGCACGAUAUACUCCAGUCUUCAACUUCAGCAGCUCAACAGGAGGUUUCAAAGGACGCAGUAUCUAGCACUGCCUGAAAGGGCGGAGUUGGCUGCUAGCUUAGGAUUAACACAGACUCAGGUCAAGAUAUGGUUUCAAAAUCGUCGCAGCAAGUACAAAAAGAUGAUGAAGGCAGCUCAGGUUGGAGCGCCGCCUCCUGGACUAGGUCUGCCGCCAGGAAGUCCACCCAACAACAACCAGAUGCUACACGGUGGUGGCAGUUCUAGCGGGUCCCAACAUUCUCCAUCCGGGUACCAGGGCGGUCCCACACAAGCCCACAGUCCCACGCCGAGUUCCACGCCAGUUUCAGAGCUGUCUCCUGGACUAUCUCCUACGGGGACACCCUGGGAUGUAAAGCAGCCGCCACAACAGUCGUGGGACGUAAAGGUUGGAUAUCCGACGGCAGGAAGGUCACCGGAUGGUGGAUCUUGUGACGUGAAGCCCCAUCAACAGUCAUGGGAUCCCAGAGUAGGAUAUGGGGCGCCGCCUGGACCCUGGGACAUGAAAGGUGCACACGCCCACCCCCUCCAUCAGGGGCCGCCGCAACCCCACCCACCCUACGUGCCGCAGUACUCCUGGUACCAGACGGAAACCAACCCUGGACUACUAACUGAAAACGGGUUAGCUCUCUUUCACCGGAUGGGCUUAAGAAGUCAGUUCUUAGGACCGAACGAACAGAAUUAUGAUAGCUGAAAUUUUAUAUAGAUAAAUCAUUGUAUAUAUGUGUAUAAUGUAAAUUAGAACGUUAUUAUGAACAGAAUAAAGUUUUAUAUAGAUUGCAGCGGCGACAUUCGUAAUUCCGAAAAUGGCCUUGGUGUAUCACAAAUAAUUCUUACCAAUUUUGUAAAAUUGUAAAGAUUUUUUGUUUGAAUAUAGAAGUAUAGUUUGUGAGUACGCUCGGAAUUGUUUAAUUUAAUAAAGGUGUAAGAGCCUGCAGCUAGUAGAAGGUUAGAACGCGGCGUGUUUUUCAAGGCGUUUAAACUUACAAGAUAAUAAUAUAUAUAGAUUUGUAAGGUCGUAUAUUUUUAAUUUAAUCUCAUCUCGUAUAUGAAUCUUAAAACACCAGCUUCAAUAUGAGAUGUUUACCUUUAUAAAGAUUCUUCAAAAUUUAUCCGCGAGAACUCUUACACGUCGGUAAUUCACGUCUGAAAGAUAAGUUAUAUAUGGUUAAUACUGCACUUCGCUUAUAAAACUUCAUUAAUUGUUGACAUUUCUUCAUUUAUACCAUUAAUUUAUGACUAAACCGUGUUAAAAAGUCGCACGUUCUAAACAUUAACAGGGUAUAAACUAUGCACUAUUUUUGAAUCCGUUCUGUUUAGUGACUGCAUCUGCAUGCAUUUACAUGACCGGUUUGUAAUAACGAAUGCACAAAAUAGAAUGUUUUACUGCAUGUUACAAUGGCAUAUAAUAACAUUGAUAUUUAGAAGUUUAUAAAGGAAUGAACUUGGAGUGUUCUUGUCUGUUGCAUUAUCUGUAAGUCAGUUAUGGCUUCGUUAAGUUUUAUAGUCACAAAUGUGAGGAUCUUCUGUCCCGGAAACUUUUAUGUGCGAGUUUUUAUGAUUCAUGAAGCUAUGACUUCUGAUAUGCAUUGCAUAAUAAAAACUUUUGAACAUAAAGUUGUCGAAGAAAAGGGCUACUAAGUAGCAAAGAGUACUUUUCUAUUAUCGUUUUUUAAUUUAGGAAAUCUUUAAAUUUUAUUUUGUUUUCUUCUAUUAAUAGAUACUUUUUAUAUAUUUUUUUAUUUUGUCACGUUUAAAUGGGAUUAAAUGGUAGAUCCAUCCAUUUAUGAUGAAUGUCUGAAUUUAAAAAACAAUCUUUAAUUAAUGUAAAUGGUGUAAAUCGUAUUAGUUGAUUAAAUAAAUUUAACUUAAUCAUUUAUCAGCCUUCUGUUUAAAAAUUUGUGACUAUAAUUUAUUACAUCAAAAUAUGAGACACCUUGAAUUAUAAGCCUGAAAACUUGAGAAUCAAUACUGUGAUAACUUUUUGUCGAUGGACAAACAAACCACCCCUUUCAUUUUAUUAAAAUUUUCGAUAACGAAUCAUAAUACUAUGGUAUUUACUUUUAACAUUUGACGUUUAAUAUUGACGUAAAUCUUAAAACAGAUUAUUAAUCUCGAUAAUUAUUUGUCAACAGGGUAUGGCCUGCUGUUUAACAUCGUUGGGUAAAAGAAUAUAAAAAUUUCGAGGAUAUAAUAACUCCCCCCGUUUGGAAAUGCACAACCAACUGUUGUAAAUUUUAUAGUUACUAUCUAGAAUAAUUUGUUGUCUGUUUAGCUAUGGUGGAUUAUGCCACAGACAUAUUUCUGCGUUCGUGUCUUGAAGAAAGGUUAUAUUAUAUGCCAUUGUAAUUUCAAUUGUAUAGUUUUAGGCGUGCAAUAUUGUAAAUAUGGAUUCAAAUUGACAUAAUUUUAAACUUUUGUAUGUUUACAUUUUAGUAAUAUAAUGCUACGGUGAUUUGUUUUGAUUGAAUUUUUUAUUAAAAGUUCUUCGGAGAACGAUUAGUGUCCAUUUAUUACACAGAUUUAUGAAAACUUAGGAGUAUGAACACAAACAUAUGUUCUAUGUUCUAUCUAAACUUUGAAAUAUCCUUCUGUUGAUUUUCUAUUGAAUUCCUAAAUACAAUUAGUAAAUGAGAAACACUUGAAAUAAAUUUGUGUAAAAAAUGCGUAAAAUAUUAUAAUUUUGAAGUACAUUUUAAUACUGUAUCAUAUUAUAGUGAAUUUAUGUUAAAUGUUAACCUUAUAAUAAUAUUAAUUUAAGCUUUAAACCACUUUUAUUUAUUUAGUAAAUGAAAUGAGAACACAAACCAUCUGUUGUGAUAAAUAUUUUUAAGUGUUUUUAUGUAAAAUUGUAUUUUAGGUGCGUCAAAGCUGUUAUCCUCAUUUGGCCAUAAUAAUAUUGAAUAAAAGUUUACUUGUUAUGGAUACCUACUCUAAUUGGAGAUAAGCAUCAAUAGUUUACUGUUUAAUUCCCCGAAUUGUAGGUAAAAGAGAUUAAAAGGCUAUUUAUUGGCACUAAAUCCAAUAAUUGUAUUACAGCUAAUUGGUUUUUGUGCGAAUUCAAAACUAAUGCUUUAAAAACGGAUACCUCAAAUGCUUGCAAUAUACAAUUUAAUAAUUAUCAAUUUUUAAUAACUUUUUUUUCAUAGUGUAACAAGCAUCACGAACCGAAUAUUUAAACAAUUUCAUUUUGAAGAUGAGAUCUUUUAAGACUCCAUAUUUUAAUGAUCGUGCAGUAUUUUACUGCCAUAAUUGUUUUCGCGGUACAUGUAAGUAUCUGUUAAACUAUUGAAAAAAGAAUAACAGCUUUGUCGUAUCUUAUUUAUGAUACUGUGCAAAAUUGUGUUCCGAACAAGUAUAUUUUAUUGGAAUGAAUGUACUUUUAUAUUUUAACUGUUGUAAUACUGAGGUGAGUUCUAUUUUGUCUGUAGAGGCUUGCGUUUCUCUUUCUGUUUAUCAACAUUCUGUAAACAUGUUUGUAUGAAUAUGAAAUUUCAUAUAUAAAUGAUAUUAUCAAUCAAUCUAUUAGAAAAUAAUUAAGGUUUUCGGAAAUAUUCUAAGACAUAAUUGACAAAACUGCUACGAGUUUAAUCAGCGUUUUUUACACCGGUGUGGCAAAACACUAAUAUCAUCAGAUUCCUACGUAAGAAUAUUUAUAGUUAUCGCUAACGUGAUUAAAGAUUCUUUAUCCUACUUUAUACAGGAAUAAAAAAUAUAUAUACGAACAUGUUAUUUGAACAGGCAAUUUCGUAGCAAACCAACUAAUAUAAAAAGAAAUUUGUUACGUUUAUUUACCUAUUAUUAUUUAUCAAAAUAAAUAAUAAAAUAGAAUUUUCCUCAGCGUGGUGUUACGGGAUGACCUUGUAAAUAGUUUUUUUUUUUUGUAAAAUAUAGAAAUUAUUAUAAAUAUAGAUAGAAUAAUUACUUACUAAAGUGUAUUAUAAUAAGGAAAAUGGAAUAAGAAAAAAGUGAAUUAAUAAUUUCUUUUGUCAAAAUAAAAUUGGAAAAAUAUUAUUA